UGCUUUUCGCCGCCGUCGCCACCUGCCCUUCAUCCCUUCUCUCCCACGCCCGUCCUUCCCCGUCAUCUCCUCCUCCUUCCUUGCCGUCUGUUGUUUCCCUUUCUCCUUCCUUCUCUCUGCUCCUCCUCCUAGCCUUGCCCCCGCCAUCUCCUCCGUUCUCUCCUACUCCCCUCACGUUCAUCUCCACCAGCGAUAACACCUUCGAUCGGAGCAAGGCACGGAAACGGAUGAGGCGACGAUGACGAAGAAGGGGUAAUUUUGGAUAUGUCGAGUUUAUGGGUAUCGUUUAGGAAAAGAAAAACCAAAAGAGGAUACUGUUUAGAAAAAAAAAAUUUCUCUAGAAAAAUCGUCUAAGAUUUUAUGAAGUAAUGGAUGUGGGAAAGUGAAUGAUCUUCGACGGAAAUUUGGAAGGUCUCCUUUUUAUGAUACGAUCGGAGGACGCGAUUCGGAAACACUCGAAACGGCACGUGAGGAAAUCAUCAAAUAAAUUUCCGUUCACCAUUCGCAUGUCAAACUCUCCGACCGCCCCUUGUCUCGUCGCUGUCGUCAAGAAAGAACGAUGGCGUCUCCGAUCUCCUCCGCAAUCUUCUUCUUCUUCUUCUCCUCCUUCUCCUUCGCCUUUGCUCUCUCAUGGUCAUCCUCAAUCGAGGUGGAGAGCAAGGUUGUCGGAGGGGAGGGGGCAGAACCGGUGGCGAGGGAGUCGUUUCCAAUCGACGGCGACGUCGCCUGGGUCGUCCAAGUUUCCGACCUCCACCUUAGCUCCUACCAUCCCGACCGCGCCGACGACCUCGUUCGCCUCCUCGCCCCAGCUCUUCGCGCCAUCCGGCCCUCGCUCCUCCUCAUCACCGGCGACAUCACUGAUGCCAAAAACAAAAGACGAACAAGCACGAGGCAAGAUAUAUCAGAAUGGAUCCAAUACAGUAACAGCAUGGAAGCAAUUGUCAAAUAUAGUGGCAUAGACAAGAGAAGAAUAUUUGAUAUAAGAGGCAAUCAUGACAAAUAUGGAGUUCCAUAUGUUGGUCACGAAUUGGAUUUUUUCUCAACUUACAGUGUUAGUUCGCAGCUAAGAAGGCCGAGUACUGUUCAGAGUAUCUCUCUUGUGGGUGAUGAUAGAAAGUACAUCUUCAUUGGUAUAGAUGACACACUUAGCAUUGGAAUUCGUGGUCCAUCAAAUUUAUUUGGUCAUCCAACUGAGAAGAGAAUGGCUGUUGUGGAGUCUGAACUGCAAUAUUGGGAUGUUUAUCCCAGUGAUUCAGUAACAAAAAUAUUAUUUGGGCACUUUCCAAUGUCUUUUACAGCUUCAUCUGAAAAAGGACAGCGUUAUGAAAGUUUAUUUGCAAGGCAAUCAGUUUCCUCGUACAUUUGUGGCCACCUGCAUGGAAAUUUCAGCAGACAACUUUGGAGACUCCAUCCGUCAAAAUUGUCAUCUGAUGUUUUAGUUCCAAGAAAGGCUAAAGGCUUUUGGGAAUGGGAACUAGGAGAUUGGAAAGAGUCCAGAUUGAUCAGAAUUUUGUCCAUUGAUGGAGGGGUGGUCUCUUUCCAUGAUAUCGAGCUUCUGAGAAAACAUGAUGUCCGGGAUGAAUUCCAAACAACUAUUGUCAUAACAUAUCCUGCUGACUCGAGAAACAUGAACAAUAUGGAGCAAAAUAAUCAGUCUUUUAGGAAUGAUAUCAAUGCUCUUGUCUUUUCUACUCAGCAAAUAAUUAAUGUGACUGCUAAGGUUUUUGACUCAUUCAGGGAGUACAAAAUAAUGGAAGAAGUGCCGCUGCAGCUUAUUAGUGCUGUUGACAAGCCCCUCUUUCAUGGAAAAUGGAACGCUGAAAGUUAUCGGAGUGCAUCAGCAACACGUUACCUUUUGCAGGUGUCUGUGGUGGACUCUCAGGGCAAGGAGACUAAAAGCAAUCUCCGACCAUUUUCCGUCGAAGGUAAACUGGCACAUUAUGCAAGUACUUGGCUGGCUUAUUUGGUUUUCCAAGUUGAGUGGCAGAGUCUAUAUAUGGUUCUUUUGUGGAGCAACUUCUCCUUUCUUGUUGUAUUUUUGUGCCUUCCAAAAGUACUAAAUUAUCUUAUGGAGAGAAAUGCAUCAUAUCAGAAGUGGGCUACGUCUCACGUCAUUUCGUCGCCAAUCAAGCGGAGGAAGAGCCUAUUUGUGUUAUUUUGGUUCUUGAUGGAGGGUUCAAGGAAUAGAAUUCUGUGGUUUUCCAUGGUGAUGUAUCUUCUUUGCCUGCUCAAGUUACCAUGGUUCUGGGGUUAUGCAACAUCCGAGAAUGAGAACAUUGCUGCUAUGUAUUUAUCUGGCUGGAGGGUGCAGUCUCCGGAUAGUCAUGCAAUUUUAGACAAGCUGGGCAACCCUGAUCUGAUGGUUAUCACAUUGCCUUUCAUGUAUUUGGUGGUCACACCUAUGUUUAUUCUCAUUUAUAGUCUCUUUGCAGAAAGAUCAUCAUUUUAUUUACAGUUCUGUAGGAAACUGAGGCACAAGAAUGGGCCAGUGGCUUCUAAUAUUGAAUUAGAACAGGUGACUCAAUUUGUUCCAUCGAAUUUGACGAGGGGCAUAAGUACAUCUUCAACAUGCAAGUUUUGUCAGGGUUGGACCAGAGGGUCUCUUCUGUCGGGGUGUUUAAUCAUUACUCUUGUUCAUUUCAAGAUAUGUUUGGCCCUCAUGCUUGCUUAUGGAGUAGGACCUGUUUCCUUAUCACCUGCCUUGUCAUGGGCACCACCUGUAUUUUUGGUGGCAACCAUAUAUUCUACGAGUGCCAACAUAAAUACCGAACAAAGAUGAGAACCAAGGGAUGUGUCUACAUGUAAAUAAAUUGGAUUGUAAAUCAUUCUAUGAUUUACAUCUCGGCCUUGAAUAGCUUUGGUGAGUGCAUCACAGUACAGCCCGAUUGGUUCCACCUGUGGACAUGAUAUUGUAGAAGACAUUGUCCGUUUGGUACUUGGUGCAAUGCUAAGACUUCGCUUAAGGCUAUGCUGUGAUGAUUGCAAUACUAAAUCAUUUGUUGUUUAA